AUGAGCAUCACCCAAACCUACUAUCUCGCCCACACCGCCCGCAAGAAGCUCACCCGUGAAGCUUCCCGGGCGGACCAUGAUCUCCGCCUUCUGGUUGGCCACGCCAACCUCCUCGACUCGCUCAUGCUGGAGCUGGCUGAUGCCGAACGUGAACAAGAACAUUGGUUCAACCAGACCGUCAGCGGUGUGACCAAGACCUCCCACCACUCCGAGCCUCGACACAUCCAAUGGGCGGAGACUGUCGUUGAGGACCCGGAGGAGGACUGGGAUCCCGAGGACCUUUCUGACGCCGACUCCGACGUCAGCGAGGAUGACUCCGACUACGACGAAGACCAGUAUGAGCCCACUACCUACAGUCCAGUGCGACGACGGGCUCCCUCCCCGGUGGCCAUCAUCACCGAGAAAGAAAUCGAGGAGGACUACGACUCCGAUUCUGAUUCCGACUUUGAGUACGACGAUGAGGAGGAUCUGGAAGAAUUGACCCUGACCCGCUCGCCGUCCCGGCAAACCCCACCCGAGCUGCUGUCCGACUCCGAUGGAGAGUCGGAAGACGACACCAUGCCCCCUUCACCUCCUCAACCAACCCUGGAAACAUUCAACGAGAAGGAGCCGCAAACCGCGGAAAUCCCUCUCUCCCCGACUGAUCUGGAGAAUGGCUACUACGUUCCCGGCCAAGCGCCAAGUGCGAUGCUUGAAGCUUAUUGA